AUGGAAAAGCUCGAAGAAAUUUCCCGACAGUACGAACAGACCAAGCGGGAACUGCUGCAUUGGAUCGGGGCGCAGAAGAAUAACGGGGCAUCCAAGGCCUCAAGGGGGAAGAAGCACUACCUGGAAAAGACCGUCCUUCACAGUUUGCAUGAAGUGAUUAAUAGUUACUGCAGUUUGGUGAUUGUGCACAGGGAAGGGCGACAUUCACACGGAACGAAUAAAGGGAAAGGCGGACCCCAAAAUGGAGACAGACGGAGAAACGUAAAGGAUAGCUGUAAGAACCGCUGGAGUGACGGGGCAGCCCAUGAUGAGCUCUCCAGAAGGGUGGCACAAAAAAAGGCCAUACAACAUAGGCACGUAGCGAGAGUAAACCGGUUUGUUAAAACUGAUAAAGCGAUUGGAACGUUUGGGAAAUACGUAGAGAGGGUAUUUCGCUUGAGGAGGCAUAGCACCUGCGAUGGGGAAACGGAACAGGGGGAUGCAUCCUCAGUGCAGGAAAUUCACCCUGAGGAAAAAUCCCCCAAUGAAGAAUACAAACGACUGCCCAAACGUAGAAUACAAAUAAUAUUGGAAAGGGACAUCCACUUCGAUCUCUUCCUUGGGGCAGUCUUGAACUUCCUACAAAUGCUCCUACGUACGGAAUUACAUCGUGUGAAUGCAGAGGCGAAUUGUGUUAAGGACAACCCCCCAUGCGUCAGCAACUUAACCAACGAGGGUAAGAAAAAUUGGUGGAGCAGAAUGUUAAGCGAAGGAGGGAGGGGAAAGCAACUCGGGGUACAGACUACACAUGUGAAGAGGCUACCUGCACAGAAAGAACGAGUUACCCAUUUUGUAGAUAACCCACAUGGUCCAAGCAGCUCGUCGAGGGAUACUGCUCACCGGGGUGAAGAAAGAAAAAGGCGAAGCAAAAAUGACUCUUUUAAAGAUCCCCCCAGUGGAGUGAAUUCCCCGCUUUACCCAAUGGACAUGAAAAUGCUCCUGUGGAGUUCGCUCCUGGAUGGAAACCACCACCCGUACAAUUUUAUUAUUCGAAAAGUAGACCCCAAUUUGCUAUACAUUAUUGAUAGUGAUAGAACACUGCUCAGGAUUCUUUUUUUCUUUAACGUGGUGCACUUGUUUGUAACCUAUAUGUAUGUCACGAUAUGUCAGAACGAACUCCUAUUUUCUUGCUUGUCUGUAUUUGUAACAAUAAUUCGGGGCUUCCAUGGGACUUUCAAAUUGGUGUCGAACGGUGCAACGGAAUGGAAACACGCCUACCCGUUCUUCUGCGCGUUUGCCAGCAUGGUGAAGAGGGACAUCCUGCCCAGCGGUGGAGGCAGCCAGGAGGAGGAAUGUAUACCCGAGGGGAAUACCCUUCAGGGGAUGCAUAACCAGGGUGGGGAAAACUCACACGUUGUUCACAGCUUUGGGGGCCUCUGCUUCGGGGUUGGCAGGGGCGAUGCACGGAAGGAUGUCCCCCGAGAAUGUCUAAACAGUCAGACACAAAAAAAAGGGAAAAAGAAGAACGAACAAAUAGGAGCUUCGCCACACGAUCAGUACUGCUACUACGCAACGGUGAAAAAUGAAGACGAAGUCGACUCCGUGAAUCUAGCCAUACAUGUAACCAACACGAGCAAGGACAAUAUUUCUUUUUACAGAAGAUACAUCGAAGAGCACAUCCAGAGGGUGUUCCUACAUGUGUAUAAAUUGAGCGAACCAAAGAAGAGGAUCUGUUCAAGUGAAAAGAACAAGGAGGAAGGAAUUAAUGAUCCGUCAAUAUUUAAAAACUACAGGCAAUUAUUUCGAAGUUUUUUUCAAGAAAUUGUAUCGUAG